GGAGGCAGCGAGCGCGAGAGCCCGGCGGGGUCGCUGGGAGCCGGAGGCACCGAGACACAAAGGCAGGCGGGAUGCGGGAGCAUCUGGGGAGCAGGCAAAGGGAAAGCGAAAGCCGCACGCCCGGCCAGUGACAGCGUGAAGGAGCCGCGCAGCUCUCCCGACGCCGGCAGUACCAAGUCCUGCCUGGCCGAGCCUGGCGCGCCGCAGCCAUGGCCAUCGCCCACCUGGCCACGGAGUACGUGUUCUCCGAUUUCUUGCUGAAGGAGCCCACCGAGCCUAAGUUCAAGGGGCUGCGACUGGAGCUGGCCGUGGACAAGAUGGUUACGUGCAUUGCCGUGGGGCUGCCGCUGCUGCUCAUCUCGCUGGCCUUCGCGCAGGAGAUCUCGAUUGGUACACAGAUAAGCUGUUUCUCUCCAAGUUCUUUCUCCUGGCGUCAGGCUGCCUUUGUGGAUUCAUAUUGCUGGGCUGCUGUUCAGCAGAAGAACUCACUGCAGAGCGAUUCUGGAAACCUCCCACUGUGGCUGCAUAAGUUUUUCCCCUACAUCCUGUUGCUCUUUGCGAUCCUCCUGUACCUGCCCCCACUGUUCUGGCGUUUUGCAGCUGCUCCUCAUAUUUGCUCAGACUUGAAGUUUAUCAUGGAAGAACUUGACAAAGUUUACAACCGUGCAAUUAAGGCUGCAAAGAGUGCAUGUGACCUUGACAUGAGAGAUGGAGCCUGCUCAGUUCCAGGUGUUGCCGAGAACUUGGGGCAAAGUUUGUGGGAGAUAUCUGAAAGCCACUUCAAGUACCCAAUUGUGGAGCAGUACUUGAAGACAAAGAAAAAUUCUAAUAAUUUAAUCAUUAAGUACAUUAGCUGCCGUCUGCUGACACUCAUCAUUAUACUUUUAGCGUGUAUCUACCUGGGCUAUUACUUCAGUCUCUCCUCACUCUCAGACGAGUUUGUGUGCAGCAUCAAAUCAGGGAUCCUGAGAAACGACAGCACCGUGCCCGAUCAGUUUCAGUGCAAACUCAUCGCCGUGGGCGUCUUCCAGUUGCUCAGUGUCAUUAACCUUGUGGUUUAUGUCCUGCUGGCUCCCGUGGUUAUCUACACGCUGUUUGUUCCGUUCCGACAGAAGACAGAUGUUCUCAAAGUGUACGAAAUCCUCCCUACUUUUGAUGUUCUGCAUUUCAAAUCUGAAGGGUACAACGAUUUGAGCCUCUACAAUCUCUUCUUGGAGGAAAAUAUAAGUGAAGUCAAGUCAUACAAGUGUCUUAAGGUACUGGAGAAUAUUAAGAGCAGUGGUCAGGGGAUCGACCCAAUGCUACUCCUGACAAACCUUGGCAUGAUCAAGAUGGAUAUUGUUGAUGGCAAAACUCCCACGUCUGCAGAGACGAGAGAGGAGCAGGGGAACCAGACAGCAGAGCUCAAAGAUAUGAACAUAGACAGUGAAAUUAAAGCAAAUAAUGGAAAGAAGAAUGCCCGACAGAGACUUCUGGAUUCUUCUUGCUGAUGAUUUUUUUCCUUGAGCUGAAAAUCUGUGACAUCUGUGACAUAGGAUUUAAUUUGGCUAAAGCACCCCUGUUGUUUCACAGCUGAUUUGCAAUAAAUGGUUCUUGGUGAAGAUAUUGAGCAUGUCUUACUGAGUCCCUAAUGGAAAUGAUGAUCAACAAAAGGUUAUGGAAGAAUGGUUUAUGAUCUUCCCAUAGGAAGCACCUGAGAGAUAAGUAAACUGCAGCAAGUAACUAUAUGUAAGUCCUCAUCAAAUGAAAAGCAGAAAGACAAGAACGAUUAGUCAAGAGCAGUAGCCCUGUCAGAGCCUCGGAGCAGAGACAAGACCCAGAGCUACUGGAAAACAAGCACGUUGGGAGAUUUGUUUUGGUUUCAUGGAAUAAUAACAUGUCGGGAUAUAAUUUAACAUGAGUUUCUUAUGUGCCCUUAAAGACCAUUAGACAAGAAAAGCAUUCACUGGCUAAUGAUCCAUAGAUCGACCUGUGUCCUAAGUUAGGUGUAAGGUUCGAUGCCUUGGCCCACAUUCGAACUCUCUUUACACUGUUAGUUGUCAACCUUGUAAGGUUGAUGGAAGUCCCGUCACCACUACUUGUUGCACUAUGCCUUGAAGGGCAGCAGGCCCAAGCGCUGCUCUGACUGAAAACUGAGUUAACAAGAUGAAAUCUAAAGGAUAUUCACAGUGACUUCAGGAAGAAUGCUUCCAAAAGAGCCCAGGGGGGAAAUCUGACAUCACAGAAGACAUUAAUUCAGUCACUUUUGGAGAGUUUGUCUACAGGAUGUUUCUCUGUUAUCAAAGGCAUUUGAAACAGGAUUUUACUUAAACAGUAAUGGAACAUAGGAGUAUUUAAAGUGAAGACCACUUGGCCUGAAUGUGAUCAGGGCACGUGAGUGACAUUGGCGUGCUUCAUAUGGCGUGCUUGAAGCCAGAAAAACUUAGCAGUUUAUUUUGUUUAUAUUUAAGCACAGCUUUAAAAAAUUCAUUUUCGUUUAUUCAGUGUCCGAAUUGAGGCCAUUUGGGAAGAAAAUUCUAGCACUGGUGGAGAAUUAUAGAAUAAAGAUUACAAAUGGUUGGAUAAGACAAA